AUGAAGGCAUCACGUCUCCUGUCCGCUUUGCUGCUCAUCGGCGCGGCCUCUGCUCGAGGAAGUGCUACGGUCUCUGUGAGCGUCAUUGCUUUGGGGGUAGUUGGCGUGUCUGGGAGGAGCAGACGAAGGAGGGCGCAGACGGUGUGUGAUGAGGUUCCAGUUGUAGUGGAGGAUGGUCCACAAAAGCAAUGCACUCCCGUUACAAGGAAGCGGACGGCCCUGAGGAAUGUGACCAAAUUCAAGGACGGCAUGAAGAACGUGACCAUCUUUGAGAAGGCCACCAGAUAUGUCAACCGCACGGAAUGGGUUGAAUAUCAGCUUCCCCUUGAAGACUUCUUCCCCGAGGCAAAGCAGCAGAUCAUCAAGGAGACGCGGGAGUCACUACGAGACCUUACUUCCGCAAGCCUGAGCACGGAGACGCCGGUUCCCUUCAACUCUUCGGAAGGCGGUGCUGAGGCGAUCGUCACUUGGGGACCCAGUCAGGCGGCGAAGUCCACCAUGGUCUGCCAGCUCAAGAAGUCCAAGGAUGCGGCCUGCCCGGAGGUGGGCGACGGCAGCGGGGAGUCCACAACGGCUACGCCCCGGCUUUGGGAAACGAUCAUCGGGUACGUUUGUGACACCCCCGGUGGCCUGGAUACCCAACUUCGCUUCAGUGCUGAGGAUGUGGGCCGCUGGGUGGCGACCGCCCUGGCUGAAGGUGGCGUUCGGCGUGUGAAAUUCCUGGUCUUUGACAGCAUGUCCAACGACCUUAUGUUGCUGCGCGAGACGCUGUCUGCACUCUUCACGUCCUUCGGCACCGAUGCCAAGCACGGAACCAUCGUCGUCGCAUCCAAAGUGAACCUCGCUCCAGGCAGGGCCAAGAGGAUCAGUCUCCUGCGUGAUGUCAUGGAAACCCAGGGCAUGAAGGAGCUUGUGGAAUGGAAUGGCCCGGACUUGCAUCAGCAAAGCCUGGAGGACCUGCGUGCGGCUCUGGAGCGCGUGCCCAGCGUCCCCGUCGCAGCCCUGGACGACCUUUGGGAGCGGCAGGAGCGGCGUGCAAAGGAGCUCUUCGACAGCCAGCUGCCGAGAUGGAAGGACGUGCAGAUGGAGAUUGCGGAAGACUACCUUGAGAACCGAACCGUGGAAGAGCCCUAUAAUAUCUCGUACACAGAGGAGGAGCCGUAUGAGGAGCUGUACGAAUCUGAGGACUGCUCCUGGGCCCCCGUGAAAAAGACAGCUUGGAAGAAAGAGUGCCGGAUCGUGAAACUCUGA